GGGCCUUCCUCCCACAUUAAGCUGACACGUCGUGAUAUGACUGGAAUACUGUUAAAAGCGGCGUUAAACCCAACUCACUCACUCACUCACUCACUCAUAUUUAGCCACUAUCAAACAUGGCUGUAUACUGGUACUUUCUUUUACCCAGCAGUUUAGACUUACACAUGGCCUUUAACGACUUAGUCCAACUUACUGGGUCUGCACAAGAUGCUCUUUAAGCAUCUGCAUCCGUUCUUUAACUGUGAUGCCUUAGUUUGGAUAUGAUGCCUAGUACACUACUCUGUAGUCUAUUUCUCAGUGGCUGAUCACAUAAUACCAGACGUCACAGGAAUGUCUCAUGACUAUUGUCAUGUGAGCGUACAUUCAGACGAACUGGACCAGUUGAUGCUAAAUACUCCAAUACAGCGUGUUGAAAAUCUGUAACUUGAUACGAGAUGUAGCCCCAGAAAUGGUCCAUGGUGCUUGGAUACACUGGAACACUUUACUCUUUAUUGUCAUGUAUGAGUCACAAUAGAAUGUGGUAACCCGUGGUAACAGAAAGUGCUUUAUUUGUACUGUUUUUACAUGUACUUAAUCGUGCAAUAGACUUUCAAGGUAUAGCAAUCAUUAGUCUUAAGGUAGAUACAACUCACAUCAUUAUUCAGUGUUGGAAAUUAAGGGGACCGUCGGCCCUUGAGGUCUUCUUCCUUGGUACAUGUGUGUUGCGGAGAUGGAAGUUAGCGGUACCCGUGUUGGAGCUCUUCUUCCUUGGUACAUGUGUGUUGCGGAGAUGGAAGUUAGCGGUACCCGUGUUGGAGCUCUUCUUCCUUGGUACAUGUGUGUUGCGGAGAUGGAAGUUAGCGGUACCCGUGUUGGAGCUCUUCUUCCUUGGUACAUGUGUGUUGCGGAGAUGGAAGUUAGCGGUACCCGUGUUGGAGCUCUUCUUCCUUGGUACAUGUGUCUUGCGGAGAUGGAAGUUAGCGGUACCCGUGUUGGAGCUCUUCUUCCUUGGUACAUGUGUGUUGCGGAGAUGGAAGUUAGCGGCACCCGUGUUGGAGAUCUUCUUCCUUGGUACAUGUGUGUUGCGGAGAUGGAAGUUAGCGGUACCCGUGUUGGAGCUCUUCUUCCUUGGUACAUGUGUGUUGCGGAGAUGGAAGUUAGCGGUACCCGUGUUGGAGCUCUUCUUCCUUGGUACAUGUGUGUUGCGGAGAUGGAAGUUAGCGGUACCCGUGUUGGAGAUCUUCUUCCUUGGUACAUGUGUGUUGCGGAGAUGGAAGUUAGCGGUACCCGUGUUGGAGCUCUUCUUCCUUGGUACAUGUGUGUUGCGGAGAUGGAAGUUAGCGGUACCCGUGUUGGAGCUCUUCUUCCUUGGUACAUGUGUGUUGCGGAGAUGGAAGUUAGCGGUACCCGUGUUGGAGCUCUUCUUCCUUGGUACAUGUGUGUUGCGGAGAUGGAAGUUAGCGGUACCCGUGUUGGAGCUCUUCUUCCUUGGUACAUGUGUGUUGCGGAGAUGGAAGUUAGCGGUACCCGUGUUGGAGCUCUUCUUCCUUGGUACAUGUGUGUUGCUGAGAUGGAAGUUAGCGGUACCCGUGUUGGAGCUCUUCUUCCUUGGUACAUGUGUGUUGCGGAGAUGGAAGUUAGCGGUACCCGUGUUGGAGCUCUUCUUCCUUGGUACAUGUGUGUUGCGGAGAUGGAAGUUAGCGGUACCCGUGUUGGAGCUCUUCUUCCUUGGUACAUGUGUGUUGCGGAGAUGGAAGUUAGCGGUACACGUGUUGGAGAUCUUCUUCCUUGGUACAUGUGUGUUGCGGAGAUGGAAGUUAGCGGUACCCGUGUUGGAGGCAUGGUAAAUGUCGAAGCCAUUAUCAGGACUACGAAUCCUAAGAAUUUCAGACAUUUUGGGGGCAAUUGCUGAAUGUGAUCACUUCGGGAUAGGAGAUGUUCUUUGUUAAUUUCCAUCCCUGAUUUAUUUGAAUGCAGGGCACCCCCAAAAUCUUUUACGUUUGAAUGUUAGUGUUUUGUAUGACAAGGCUCCCUGGACUUGAUUUCGAACACUGUAAUCACAUUGAUAUUGAGUAUCAAAAGUUUGAUGACCUAAGUUUGAGGGUGAUCUAAUGUGCACAUGAUGUACUCAAGUGCAUUGUUUGUUAUAUAUCAUUAAAAUUCAUUGUGCUUAGAUUGUGAUAAUUUGAUUCAGGUGAAGUGUUCCCAACGAUUUGAUUUGGUGUGCUGUUGUAUUUCUUGAGUGACUCCCCUUUGGAACUUUGGGCAGAAUGCCUGAGUUAUGAUAACAGUACUCUAUUGGCCAGUGAGAAGAGGAGACUGGAGUUAUCUUCUCUUAGAUACCUGCUACUGAGACUGUUUUCUGCACAACCACAGUCAAAUAUGCUCAGAGUAGAACCUCCAGAGCUAAAGGGGAGGUAACUGAGAGAUAUUUUUUGUGGAGGUCUAUUGUUGAAUGUGAUGAUGUGAAUUUUCCAACUUUUUUUUAUUAUUUAGAUGUGUGUAUAUUUGCCCGUGCGUUACAAUGGUUACAGGAAAGCUGUCAUUAGAGGAUACAUUUCCAAACCAGUUCUGUGGAAGAUACUACUGAAUGUUAUUGAACUAAGGAAUAGAGGAAUAACAGCAUUAAUUAGAAUGAAAGUCUUUUUAUUGUUAGUUAUUUGGUAAAUAUUUUAGUAGAUGUCUUGUUUUGUGAAAUCCAAAUAUUUUGUUAACCUACUUGAAAAAUGUUGGUUAGAAGUUUCACUGUGAAGAAAUGAUUAAUGUGUGCGUAAAGGUGCUUAUUUGUCGCAUAAUACUGCUACAUCAUUCAGACUGAAUACCAUUGUGUCUUAGAUGGAUAUCGUUGUGUCUUAGAUCAAUUUCAUUGUGUCUUAGAUCAACUUCAUUGUGUCUUAGAAGGAUAUCAUUGUGUCUUAGAUCGAUUUCAUUGCGUCUUAAUUUGAUAUCAUUGUGUCUUUGAUCGAUAUCAUUGUGUCUUAGAUCGAUUUCAUUGUGUCUUAGAUCGAUUUCAUUGUGUCUUAAUUUGAUAUCAUUGUGUUUUUGAUUGAUAUCAUUGUGUCUGAGAUUGAUAUCAUUGUGUCUUUGAUUGAUAUUGUGUCUGAGAUUGAUAUCAUUGUGUCUGAGAUUGAUAUCAUUGUGUCUUUGAUUGAUAUCAUUGUGUCUGAGAUUGAUGCCAUCGUGUCUUAGCUUGACAUCGGUAAGUCUCAGAUUGACGUGUCAUUGAUUUAUUGUUAUCAUAGUUGAAGCAUAUUGUUUUCAUAUUUUGUCAUAAUUUCAUUGUCAUUUAUGUGGUUUAUACUGACUGCCUUGAUAUGUUUGUGUUGGUCAGUCAAUAUUUGCAGUGUCAGUGUUGUACCGGACAGAUCCAGUUGCAUGAAGUAAUUGUGCUGUGACGGGUACCGGGUAGCUGCAUCUCAAAACUCAACCCUGACUGGAGUUCCCGAUUUCAAAAGAAUAACGCACACAGUCAACAUUUUUUCUGUUUCAUAAGCAUCAUCUCUGUUGAAAUGAUUUUCCCAUUCUUUUCCAUGACUGCACAUGAUGUGGAGAAGUGAAGAUGUGAGUUAUCUCCCUUGUGCAGUCCAUGAUGUAGGGCUUGAGUCCAUUGACACCUGCCCCAUGGUCGAGAUCUUGUGUACCGGUCUGAGCCCUCAAAGUACAGAGGUUAUUUUGAUCUGUAAGGCUAAAGAAAAUGGUCUUGGUUCUUAAGCACCGCCCGCAUCAUCAUAAUUGAAAGAAGAGUCAAGUAACUGACUGAAGGUGAUGGAAGUUGUAUCUUUAUUCAAACAUGUGCAAGGAAUAUGUGCAUAGUCAGAAAGAAACGCAAAUAUUAGUGAUUUGUUGUGUAACCCUGGAAUAAGGGAAUUUUUGUCAUUAAAUAAUAUAUCACGUGACUAACCACGGUUUCUGGGUCCUUCUCCGUACCCACCCUACCCGAGUAUCUGAGUUACCUGUCCCAGCCCAAAUAUAAUUCCCUGGAUAACGGCAAUGGUUAGGCAAUCUAAUUUCAAUAAAUAAAGAAAAACCAAAACAUUUUUUUCUAAAAAAUACCCAAACCUUUAAUGUCAAAUAUUUUAUUUUAUUUUAGGAGAACACCAGGAUAGGUGAUUGUUUUUAAAAAUAGACUUCCCUUGAUACAGUGUUUUAAGUGACGAAUUUGUAAACCUACUGUAGAUACGGAUGCUUUCAUGAUGCAGUGAUCCUUUGUGAAAUUAAGCACUCCUGGUAGUCCGGUGUAUAUGAUACUGACAUUUCCAUCAUCGUCAAGAAGUCACAUGUACACUAUGUUCCUCCAUCACCUGUGAAUACAUAUGAGACCCGUGAAGAUCCCGGGUAGAAUAGGUCUUCAGCAACCCAUGCUUGCCGUAAAAGGCGACUAACAGGAUCGACCUUUACAGUCAGCUAACUUUUAGUAUUUUUCUUCAAAGAGUCACCCAGAAUGUCAUUUGCAUCUGAAAGUGGACUACCGUAUUCGACGUAAUAAGCGCCCAGGGCGCUCUCAAAAUUAGAAAUAGGGGGCUCUUAUUAGAAUAUUAUUUUGGUG